GCCGUCAAAACUUUUACUUAAGAAUUAAGGAAGGUUGUAUAACUUUGUUCAAUUAAUCUACCAACCCGAUAAAACAAUUUACCGAUAGCAUUUAUCGUCCCAUGUUUCCUUAAUUAACAGGCUGUGCGAUGGAGUGUCAAAGCUUUUUGGGUGACCCCUGCGUUUCUUACCUUUGGAUCUGUGAUGAGACGGAGGACUGUUUGGACGGAGUGGACGAACAAAGCUGCGUACAAGGAGUACCCAAACACUGUUUCUUCACCUGCCGUAACGACGUCACCUGUCUGCCGACGCGUCAGCUGGGGGACGGUCAUCAGGACUGUCCUGACGGAGAGGACGAACGGAUCAGCGACAUUGAAGACGCUCUGAGACGCAGGUGGGGCUCCUGUAGCAACAACUGCUCGUCCGUCCACGGUAACGCGUCAUGCGUUCCUGACGCGUUCAGCUGUGACGGUGACGCGGAUUGCUUGGAGAAGGAGGACGAGCAGGACUGUGAAAUCGAUGCAAGUGAUGAAACCGAGCAAGAUACCGAUAGGGGGACGGAGCUUUGCUCAACGUUCACCUGCCACUUUGCCGGUAUCGCCGACCCGAUCUGUUUGCCGUCUCACCAGAUCUGUGACGGCUACCCAGACUGUGCGUUAGGGGAAGACGAGCAGGGUUGUGGCCACGCUGACGGUCUGUCCACUCAAACCACAAAUAACCAAGAACCACAUGAUGGACCGACCGCAGAACCAACGGCUCAAGGAUCAUUCGAAGACCAAACAGCUGAAGGUUCCAAUGAGAAUCAUGGAUCCAAAGGCCAUGCCAUGGGUUGGAUGGUAGCCGCUGCAAUGGGUGGUCAAAUUCUCUAUCGCCUGGCUUUCUGAUCAUACAAUGCCUGGAAUAAUGUAUACCGGGGACAAAAUCAAUGGAAAUUCCCGUAAUAGAAAGCACCAAGCGUUUGCGGAUGGAAGAAACACGACAUGUGUACAUUUUAUAUCUGUCCUAAUAAUGGCAAAUCUGAUUACUAUAACACGUAUCUAGACAAUGUUUAAGUCAACAUAACGGCUUAAAAUACACAGGACAGUAUGUGAUAAGUCCGAACAAAAGUACAGCCAAUUUGUAUUCAUUCCAGAUUUUUAAUGUUAUCGUCUGUAAAAUUGUGAUAACGUAAAUGGAGAAUUCAACUUAUUCAAGAAUUAACCAAGACAAGUGACUGUGUACCCUUUACUGCUACAAAGAGACAUUUAAAAGAGCAAUAAGCAAAGGAUAAGGACAUGAAUUUUAUGAGGAGAAAUAGGUUACUUUAUUGGUUUAGCAAAACACGGCUCUGAUAGUUAAACAAUUGUUCCCUAAUAUUUCAUUACAAAAAAAAUGUAGUUUAUAUACUAUGCACAAGUUCCAUUUAAUUCAACUGAAUAUAAAGUUUCGUGUAGUAUAACUUAAUUGAAAAAGGUCUCCAUUUGAUUUAACUGAAUUCUGUGUUUCCAUUCCGUGAUUGUAGCUUUCGUGGUAUUACAGCCUUUUACCAUGUACAUGUACAAAUCAAAUAAACAUAUAUAUACAUCUAUAGCAACCAUUGUUUUGCAUUGCAAAUUUUAUCUCUCCCUUUAGUGUUUGUCGAGACAAGGCCGGAAUGUACAUCACUACCCAAGAUAAAACAUUACUCAAGUUUUUAAGGAAACUCAAUGCAAGCUGUUUGUAGUUCUAAGGGGUAAUCCAUUGCGUUAGUUAAAUACAAAACAGUUACACACAAGAUGGACUCAGUAUGAACAGUUAUAGAUCAUAAGAUCUUAUAAUUUCACAUACUGCAUGUUUUACUACUUUAACCUGCUUUAACCUGAUCGUUUUCCCAUGUUAUCAAGCUAUUUUUAUUAUUAAGAUCAAUCCUAUAUACAUUAAUCCUGUUUCUUGAGAAAUGUCAGGAUUUUUUGUCCUUUUAUAGACAGGGCUCUCUCUAGAUCAACUCAGCAUAAAUUCUAUUCCAUAUGAAUUGGUGCCUUUUUUCGAUCUAGAUUCUAAACUAUUAGCGAAUACAGCCGAUGGUAUUAUUCAUAUCUAUA